AAGUCUCCGUACCACUCAGAAGCUGCUGCGGCUGUCUCCAUAGCUAGUCUAGCAGACUUGGAGAGCUCUGCGCAGCUCAGUAGAACUGCCCGAGGUUGAGCUGGUUUGGUCGAGUUUUAUUUUUUUUUCGGGUAUCGUGAGUACUCAAGCCACGAUUAGUGGUUGAGGCUAAGUCGCGGUUCGGUUCGGUUAGUCAGUCAGUCUUCAGUUGAUCCACCAUGCAGCGAGUCGUGCCCGUUGUCGUUCUUGCGCUGGCCGUCGUGGCCACCAAUGUCGCAGUCUUGAGUGCUGACACCACCCGGGUCAAAGUGACGCUGUUCUACGAGCACCUCUGCCCGGACAGCAUUCGCUGGGUCAGCAAUCAGCUGGCGCCGAACUACGACGCGCUGCGAAACGUGAUGGACAUCGAGUUCAUUCCGUUCGGAAAAUCCAGGAGCAUCAACGGUGGCGAAUCCUUCGAGUGCCAGCACGGGCCGCUCGAGUGCGAAGGCAACAUGGCCCAGUCCUGCAUUCUGAACUUCCUGCCCGACCAGGACCGCCAGGUGUCAUACGUGUCCUGCCAGAUGGACUUCAACGCCGAUCCUCGUGGCUGGGAGUGCGCCUUCCGUUCCGGCGUCAACCUGGUGAAUGCCCAACAAUGCGCCGAAGGACCGCAGGGUGUCCAGCUGCAGCUGGAAGCUGAACGCCGAACCCGGCAGAUUCCGCUGACCUUCGUGCCAACCAUCGUGUUCAACGAUCAAUUUGACCAAUCCUUGACGGAUCGUGCCUUCACCGACUUCUUCGGAGUCAUGUGCGAGCUUACCAACAACGGAGCCGUGGGUUGUUAAGGUGCAGAUCACAGCGAAUGGUGCCAAACUAACAAGGCU